AUGGCCUCCCUGUUCUCUCCUUUCCGCUCGACAUACCGGUACUUGCAACGUCAAGCCCACGAAAACCCAGUCAUUUUCUACUCCUGCGUUAUUGGCGCCAUCGGACCCGUUCUUGCCAUCGGUGUGCCUCCAAUCCGUAGGCACUUUGGCUAUGUAGAGCCUCCCCCCCUUCCUACUGGAUAUCCUCUCCCAAACAGGGCACGGAGACCAGUCCAGGGUUAUGACGACGAGUAA